GAUCAUGCUGAGUCCGAUGAUGGUGAUUAUCAUGAAGAGGAGGACGCAAAUGCUACUCAACUUGCCUCUAAUGCUGCAGCCGCUCCUCAUGGUCGCUCUCAGAAGGAAGUUAUCUUUCGGGUUGGGAUGGGGUUUGGAAAUGGUAAAGUGCAUAGGGCGAUCAGAAUGUUAUUUAAUGAGUGUUUUGAUGGAGCUUGGUCAACAUACAGAGAAAUGCCUACGGAACAUGUGGAUCGUAUGUUUGAUCGCUUUAGGACUCGAUAUAGUUGGGAUCAAGCAAAUGAUGAAUUCAUUAGAGAAGGAUUUGAAAAUGUGUUUAAGCGUCGUUUCCCAGACAUAAUGUCGGAUCGCCGAGACGAAUCAGCAAAGAAGGCAAGGAUUGCUGGGCAUACCAUCCUAGAAAAUGAAUAUGAUUUUGGCGUGAUGUGUGAGUAUCCGCCGCGCUUCGUGCACGAGGACAUAUGGCAUGAGUUAUGUAUGCGUUGGAACACAGAUGAGUGGCAAAAGAAGUCUGAGAGAGGUAAAAGCAACCGCAAGAAAGCCGAUUCCGACGAUGUGAUAUCCCAACAUACAGGCGGGUCUAGGGGCUAUGAUGAGCAUCGCAUCACCUUGGAACGGACAUUGGGUCGGCCACCCACUUUUAAAGAACUCUUCCUUGCAACCCACCUCACCAAAGAAUCCAAGAAAAAUUUUUGGGCAGGGAUGUAUGAUGAAAGUUUGGAGGUGGCAGAAUUUUGUACUGCGCGAUCGAAAAAAGCAUAUGAGACAUAUGCAAGAUACAUGAUCGAAAAGUACGGGGAAGACGUCACUCAGCAUUCGGUGGGAGAUGCUGACUUGUGGGAGCGUGCGCAGGGAGGGAGCAGAUUCGGGAUCAGGUCUUCGGAUCGUAGUUUUGUCAUUACCGGCACAACGUCUUCGUCAUCCGGGUCUGCCUCCUAUGCUGACUACCAACGCUCACAAGAGGAGGUGCGGAACUUGCAAUCCCAGGUGGAAAGGUUAAAUAAACGAUUCGAAGAGGCGCAACAAUCCCACGUUGACAUGUUACAAAACCAAGUCGAAGAGAUGCAACAACAAAUGAGAGAAGAUAUGCAACGACAAAUGGCCGAGUUUAUGAAACAAUUUGGUAAUCCUGGCAAUCCUCCACCAUAGUUUAGUUUCUGUUUGUUGUCUUUUGCGGUUGGAACUUGUAAUUUGACAACGGUGUCAUAUUUUGUGGUUGAAUUUGUAAUUUGACAACCGUGUCAUAUUGUGGUUGAACUUGUAGUUGGAAAACCAUGUUGUAUUUUGUGGA